CACACACACUGUUCAUUCUCAACCGCAGGGACAUACACUUCGGCACUCUCUUUCGCGCGCGCGUUCGCUCACCUCUCUUUUUCCGUUCCUCACUAGCGGCACGCGCAUCUGUAUCCGCUUCUGCACUGUACAGGAUGAACAAGAACGGAAGACUCCUGAGAGAGAGUAGAUGAGAAAACAAGGAACUAAAACAACGAAGGCAAGGUGAAACGAAGAGGAGAAAGAGGGUGAGGGCAGAUAAAGGAAGAGAGUUGGACAAGCAUUUGGAUUUUACUGAUUCCAAGCCUCCAUCCAUCUAUUUCUGCUGGUGGAAAAGGACUCAAUUAAGGUGAUGAAUCUACUUCCCGGCUGACCGGAGUCAUUUUGCCAGCGAGGGGAGUGGUAGAGCACCAGACUCCUGACCUCUCCUCAAUCCCCACUGGCUUCACGCUCCAGCUCGUGAGCAUCGGAGCCCUGGAUUUCUUGUCUCUCACCUCCCCUUUUUCCUCUGGACCUUGACGUGGGAACAGUGCCGUAACAGACCGCCCAAUGCUGAGGAGGAACUGCCUGCUGCUGUUCCUGUGCUUCCUCUUUGAGCAGAGCUCCUGCGCUCCCUUCCAAAGCAGGCCAGGGCAAGAGUGGCCCCACAGCCAGACGGGGCCAUCGACGGCAGGAAGGAAUGGAGGUUCCAGAGGAUUUCAGAGGGUCAAAAGGGGCUGGGUGUGGAACCAGUUCUUUGUGCUCGAGGAGUACAUGGGCUCAGACCCACAGUAUGUUGGAAAGUUACACACUGACUUGGAUAAAGGAGAAAGUGCAGUGAAAUACACUCUCUCAGGCGAUGGCGCUGGAACCAUCUUCACCAUCGACCAGAUCACCGGGGACAUACACGCUUUACGCAGUCUGGAUCGCGAGGAGAAGCCUUACUACACGCUACGAGCUCAAGCGGUGGACAUCGAGACCAACCGACCGCUGGAACCAGAGUCCGAGUUUGUCAUCAAGGUGCAGGACAUCAACGACAAUGAGCCAAAGUUCCUGGAAGGGCCCUACACGGCUAGUGUGCCUGAGAUGUCACCUGUCGGUACAUAUGUGAUGAAGGUGACGGCGACAGAUGCAGACGACCCUACAUACGGCAACAGUGCUAGGGUGGUGUACAGCAUACUUCACGGCCAGCCGUACUUCUCCGUGGAUCCCAAAACAGGAGUCAUCAGGACAGCUCUACCCAACAUGGACAGGGAAGUGAAGGAGCUGUAUCAGGUCCUCAUCCAGGCCAAAGACAUGGGCGGACAGUUAGGGGGUCUGGCAGGGACCACCACCAUCAACAUCACCCUGAGUGACGUCAACGACAACCCACCCAGGUUCUCCAAAAGCAUCUUCCACCUGCGUGUACCGGAGUCAUCAGCAGUCGGGUCAGCGGUUGGCCGAAUCAAAGCUCAUGAUCUGGACACUGGAAAGAACGCAGAGGUGGAAUACAACAUCGUCCCUGGAGAUGGAGGAGCCAUGUUUGAUAUCACCACCAAUGAGCACAACCAGGAGGGAAUCAUCAUGCUCAAAAAG